GUUGCGGAUUGGCAAUUUUACUUCCAAGUGAAGUUCUACUCACCGGAGCCCACCAUGCUUCAAGACGAGACCACACGAUACCAACUUGUUCUCCAAGUUCGACAGGAUGUCUACACGGGCAAGUUGCCGUGCUCCUGGGUCACACAAGCCCUCCUCGGUUCCUUCCAUGUCCAGUCAGAACUCGGGGACUAUGACCCUGAUUCCAUGGGGCCUGGAAUUAAUUACCUUCGUCAAUUUGAGUUCGUCAGAAAUCCAACAGAUCAACUUCUUCAAAAGAUUAUGGAAUUACAUAAGACUCAUAAGCAAGUGAAUGUCUUCUUCUAA